AAGUGCCGGCUACAAGGAAUAUACUUUUACUAGCAGUUAAUUUCUACCUUCCACAAAAUCUGGAGUGAAACCACCGAUUAGGAUGGUGCCUAGCAAUUAUGCUGUGAUCAGUUAAUUGCAGAGGAACAGCCCAAUGGCUGCAAUCGGUUUUGGCUGGAUUGCAUGGAUCUGUGAGGGCAAGAAAGGUGAUGGUGUCUUCUGAGCACAGAGCUGAAAGACUGGCACUCUGCUGCAGUCUAACAUGGGAGCAGGUGCCUCCCUCUCAAUUUGCAGAUCAUUCUCUUCUAUUCAAGUCAGGCACACAACAAAUAAAGUUUCACCAGACCUACAGUUCAGCAGAGAAAGAAGCACAUUUGGUGUUCCUCUGGAAACCCUCAUGCAGGGUGCAACACAAUGUGGGGUUCCUUCUCUCGUGACACAGAUGGUGGAGUACCUAGAGGUGUUUGGUCUGGAGCAUGUUGGUAUAUUUAGAAUUGGUGGUUCAGCAAAUAAAAUCAAGGAAUUAAAGCAGAAAUACAAUCAAGGAGAAGAAGUGGACCUUAUUAACGAUGGAGAUGUUGAUUCUGUGGCCAGUCUUCUGAAGCUCUUUCUGAAAGAACUACCAGUGGCUGUUUUUCCAGACAACAUUUGUUCUGGCUUGCUAAAAACUUUCCAAGAGCACAAAAUCAACACAACAGAAUGCAUAGAGAACCUGAGACAGUUGCUCAGCUGCCUACCCAAAGCCCACCAAAACCUUCUUCAGUUCCUGGCUGCUUUCCUGUUCAAGGUAGCAACGCACAGUGCAGUGAACUUCAUGACUCUGGAAAACCUCUCCAUCGUGUUUGGACCUGCUCUGUUCAAGGUCCCUCUCAGUCCCUUGGCUUGUGAAGAGCAAAGACUUUACAAUGGCCUCCUGCUGUAUUUGCUUCAACACCAUGAGAUGCUUUUUGUUGACCUGAACCCUUGUUUCUCACAGAGACAAGCAGAUGGCCUUCAGGUAAGAAAGUUACUGUGA